UCUCGAAAAGUACGCGAAGAUAUUUUCUAUUUUGUGUAUCAAGAUGUGAAAUCGAUUUUCAUCGCAUUUAAAAAAAGAAAAGUAGCUGAAAAAAUUUAUAGCAUCAGAUUUCAAGAAUGAAUAAGGAAGACGAUUUGUUUGUGGAAGAUGAGAACUUGGAGAUACCUGGGGGUCCCCAAGAUACGAAGGAAAGAAAAUUUGCCGCCUAUCGCAAGUACCUUACGAAGCAUAUGAAGCUAUUUCCGGAAUUGUAUCGAAGUGACGUUUCGAUUCAUCCCAGCUAUACCGAUUUAAAAGUCUUGCCUUAUCACGUGGUCUGCAGACAUCGUGUGCAAAGGCUCAGGCGACAGAUAUCUCGGCAACUGAAUCGUGAGAUCGCGCACUUUGCCAUGAUCCAGAUGUUCGCUCUCGACGGUGUGAGAAUCGAUCGCAUCUUCAGCGUCGGCAUGUCGCCGAAGAUGUUGAUUGUACCGGAUCCGUUGACGAAAAAGGAGAGACGUCAACUGAACGAACUUGUCCGAGAUCCUUAACAGAAUCCUUUAUGUACAAUUUCAGCGAAAAUAAAUUAUCUUAUAUGUUGUACUCAAUUAUAUCAUUUAUCUCUUAUUGCUUCCUCUAAUUCAGAAAUAAAUAUU